GAACAAAAUCUGACACAACACAAGGUCAAAACUACGAUAAAAACAUGUGGAAUGUAUAAAAAGAUUUAAGUCGUGACUCUUGUCGAUAAUAUGAUGGUUAAGUUCGCGUAAUUUAAGAAACAUUCGUGCACAUAAAAUGUUUAUGUGAUAAGGUGUACUUAACUUGAAAUUGUUUACUUAGAAAUAAAUUGUACAAAAUGAUAGAAGGGUACGGAGCCGUGACCCAGGCCCUUCUAGGGACCCUUCUGACGUGGGGAUUAACUGCUGUGGGGGCCGGUUGUGUAUUCUUUAUUAGGGGAAAACAUAGGAAAUUACUUGACGUGUCACUGGGUUUCGCGGCGGGGGUGAUGACCGCAGCGUCAUAUUGGUCUCUGCUGGAGCCAGCCAUCAAUAUGUGUAAAAAGUCAAACAAAUAUGGAUCUGAAGGACAGUAUGCCUUCCUACCAGUUGCAUUUGGAUUCCUGUUUGGAGCAGUGUUUGUUUUUGGAACUGAUAAGUUCCUGGAUUACUUAGGAAUUAACUCCACUGGCAUGAUGAUCACUAUAACAAAGAGUAAAGACUCGAAGGAGAAGUUGGAAGACCUGGAGAUGAUGACGGCGCUGAACCGGCGGCCGUCGAACAACACGAGUGUCGUGACGAUGGACCCUCAGCCGGCAGACUUCGCCGACUGCAUCAGCAACCAGCACACGGCGCAGAGGAGAAGAGGACAUCACCACUCGCAUCACUCGCUGAAAGCUGGUGAGAAUGGCGAAGGUGACCGGCGAGACAGCGUGACGAGGUCGCUAGAAGCGCGCCAGUCGCAAUGGAAGCGAAUCAUGCUUCUCGUAGUUGCGAUCACCGUACAUAAUAUUCCCGAGGGGCUCGCCGUUGGCGUGUCGUUCGCUGCAGCCGGCUCAUCCGACGAAGCGAACUUUCACACAGCCAGAAAUCUGGCGCUAGGCAUCGGCAUCCAGAACUUCCCUGAAGGGCUGGCUGUCAGCUUGCCGCUACAAGCUGCCGGCUUCUCCGUCUGGAGAGCAUUCUGGUACGGCCAGCUCUCCGGCAUGGUGGAGCCGGUGUUCGGCGUGCUGGGUGCCGUUGCCGUGGCCGCGGCACAGCCGGCACUGCCGUAUGCCCUCGCCUUCGCCGCUGGUGCCAUGAUAUACGUCGUGGCGGACGACAUCAUACCAGAAGCUAAUGCAUCUGGUAACGGCAAGCUGGCGACCUGGGGCUGCAUCAUCGGCUUCGUGGUCAUGAUGUGCCUGGACGUGGGGCUCGGCUAAUCGCGCCCCGUCCUCUCACGCCGUGCCUUCGUCACCCGACUUCAUGCUGACUAGUAUUAACGAAAUGAGGUAUCCCUUCUAAGUUAAGAUGUAGAUAUUUUUGUAUUAACUCAAAUGUGCUCAUCAGCGUUCGAUUUUGGAUACAUAAUAGGAAUGUAUUUAUUAUCACAUGUGUCAAUUGACUGAAAAAUUAUAUAAUCACAAAAUGUGUUCUUAAAACAAUCAAAUCAAAACUUUGAAAUCGGAAUGUUUCAAUAAUUUAAUUGCAUAAUGAAGCGAUCUCAAGUUUUAGCCGGUCAUUAAAAGGUUAAGAAUCCAUUGGUCGAAAUAGUUGCGCGGCACAGACUACAGGCUAGUGUGUACGUGUCUCAGAUUUUGUACGUUUUCUAUAAUUGGUUGUAUUACGGACACUGGACAAACGCCGAUGAUACUUAAUAAACUAUGCCUUGUAUAUUAGAAGGAAAGUCUCCGUGUAAAUGUUGUUCUAUUGAUGACGUGAAUGUCAAUUGUAUCCAAAAUCAUUUGUAUACAUUAUUAUACAGAUUAUAAGUGAAAUUUUUAGGCUUAGAUACUUAUGUCGACUCCCGAACUUAGUAAUACGUUACUAAUUAAUUAUUAUUGAGUAAAGAUUUUAAAUGUGGAUCAUUCCUACUUACCUUCCUACGUACUAUAUAUCCAAAUGUUUUAAAUUAACUUUUGUUCAGCAACUUCUAUAUCAGAAUCGAUAUGAACCUUUAUCUCAACUUUGAAAUAAGAAAAAAGAUGUGUAAUAUAUUUGUGGCAAUGUUUAUUUACUAAAAGGUGGAAUUCGUUGUAAAUAUGUAAAGUGUAUGAUAUAUAGUGGUGCAUGUGCAUAGUUUCUUCUCGAAGCAGCUACUGAAUGUUAUGAACAAACCUUGUAAGUCGAAUCCAUUGGUUAGAAGUUUCACAGGUGAAUAUUUCUUUUGAAAUAUACAAUAUAUAAUCAUAAUCUCUGUAUGUAUUAAAAUAAUAUUUACUUAACGAAAUACAAUUCCUGUAUUCACAUCGGUUGUCAAAUGUAUAUUUUGACAACUGUAAAUACCAGAGUGUGUCUAGCAGAAUUUAGAAUCAUCGAUCUUGUCUCGAACUUACCAAUUAGAUAAAUCCGUAUGUAGCUAGCUACAUAACAUUGUAUUCAGCAAAUAUAUAAAAAAUAACUGAAAGUUGACUUCUGUUCGUUUAUUUUCCCGAUACAUACACAAUAUAUUCAUGGACCUACGCCGCUCUUAUUAGAUUAAUGGUCUGUUCAAAAUAACUGAGAACGUAUAAGUAAUACAUAGGUACAUACAUUUAUGAUUAAAUAAAUGAAAGCUUUAUCCCACGCUAGGUGGUCAAAUAUAUAAUUCCAAAAAUGAUAUUAACGUGUUAUAUAUCAAAGUAUUGUUUAAGUAUCUGUAAGAUAUUUGUGGUAUUCCGGUUAUUUUGGUUAGCGUAGAUAAAUUUAUUGAGUAGUUACGAAUUCCACCUGCUCCUGCGCCCGGGUGUUGUCGCACUAUUUAUUAGUUUCACUUUAAUUUAGUCACAUUUUACUGCGAUUACAUUAUUCAGGAGUAUUUUAUUGAUUGUAAGCCAACGUUUUAAGGCCUGUGCAUGUCAGCUAGUCGCCGGCGCAGUAACGCGAACGCAUAACUAUGCAUGUUCCCAGUUAAGUCAAUUAAGUCAAUGAUUUCACUGUUCAAAAUAGCUGUGACAGACCUUUCUAUUCACAGAACUUAACAAUUCCUUAAACUAUGUCUGUGCGGGAUUCUUCGAAAACAACGCUUGUUUUAUGAACCAGCUAGACGAUUGCAUUCCAGAUACGAUUUCGUAAAACUAUCCGAAUGGACGGUGACAGACACAGGCCUUAUUUGAAAUUUUAAUGAUACCUAUAGUAUAAAAAUAAAAGACAAUAUGAAUUUAUUAUAAGACAUGAAAAAGCCUAAUUUAUAUUCAGAAUUUGAAAUUGUACAUAACACCACAUUUUACAGAACUAGAUAAAUAGUGAGGGGUGAGCUCCUCUGGUUUUGUUCGAAGAUAAUUUACACUUUAAAUUAUUCAAACGCGUAGUAUAAAUAUGUAAAAAUUCAUACUAAACUCUUGAACAAUCAUAACUGUAAAUUAGCCUUCAAUCAAAAUAUGCACGCACUUUUUAUAUUUAGCUAUGACGGAGCUCAGUACCUUAGGGCAUGUAAUUAGGCCAUAGAUUAUUCCAAAAAAAGAUUAUGAAUUUUUGAAUUAUUUUUAGAUUUUAAUUACUGAAUUUAUAUUUAUGUGCUUCCAAAGUAUACGUAGUUUUUAUGUGAAUUUAAAGUGUUUAUUUUGCAUUUAUUCAUUCAUCGUCAGGUUACCUUGUCACAAUAGCACAAUUUGAGACCGAAUUCAUUGUUACUUAAGAUUACUUUUGUUUUUAUAUAAUACAAAAUGCAGUGUCA